AUGGACCGCAAGAUUCCCGUCAAGGACGGAAAGCAAUCCAGGCAAGCUAAGAAAGCCAAGGCCCAGAUUGAGGCCGACAGCGAUGAGGAGUUGAGGGAGAAGCAGAGACUUCGUCAUCAGUGGGCGCCGUGCGAGAUUCACUACGUGAAGUGUGACAGUUGCGAAGAGCUCGCUGCCGAUCAGGUCGCUCACCAGAUGUGUGCUGUUUGCGCCAUUGCCAUCUGCCACGACUGUGUCGCCGCCGGCAACAUGAAGCUCUAUCCCACCCACCCUCAGAGGAGCAUUGGCGAGCUUGACUGGAAGCCCCGUUCAAUCACCUCGGCCAGUCAUGGCGCCGCACAGGUCAGCAAUAGCGCGCCCGGCACCGGCUCGGGAGGCCGGUGUAACCCCGCCUCGGCCACUCCCGUCUUGCGGAGACCUGCUAGUCUUGCUGGUUCCUCGUCGACUGGCAGUAACAAGCACAACUUGAAAAGUUCUUCGUUCCGUAAUGGCAAGAAUAAGGCUACGGCAGGCCUGGGUUCAUGUGAUGGGCCCAAGCAAAUUCAGACCGUUCUCACGAGAAAUCAGAAUUCCUCACUCAAUCUGUCCACUCCGACGAAGAAGCCCAAGAAGCCUUCGAAGAAGAAGAUUAUUCUUUCCGAAAGCGAUUCUGAUCUAGAGUACGAGAUGGACGCCCACAGCACCAACUCACCCGAUAACGAGUACAUCCCACGCGCCGAUCUGAGUCGCAAGGCCUCUGCCUCUUCUAAGAAGAGUGUCAAUGAGACUGAGUCCGUCGGUACUCCUGCCAGCAACACCCCAGUCGCCGCCAUUGGUCUUGCCAACUCUCGUCCCGUCCGCGCUGCUACCAUUCAGACGUAUGAGAAGAUGCGUCAGGCCAACGUCAAGAAGCAGCGUGACGCUGAGGAGCCCAAUGCCGCUCUCGGCGAGGACCAGAACGCCAAGUCUGGUCUAAAGAUGGCUGAUUCAGCCCAGAGCUUGCACCUUAUUCCCCAACUCCCUUCCGCUAAGAACCUCCCCCGUGGUGCAAAGACAAAUGGCCAUGCUCAGCAGGGUACUGUUGAAGGGGCCAACGCUUAUCUCCACGCCCCUGAGCACGCUCAGCAGGCCGCUGGCUACGAUUUCAAGAACCACACUCAGGUUUACCAGCACAAGGGCCUGCCCCAGCUUCACCCCGGCGCUGGAUUCAGGGCCCAGACGAAGGCUACCGAGUCCCUCGCCCCCGCCGUUGCCUCGGAUGAUGAGAAACGCGCCGCUGCCGCCGCGGCUGAGGAGACUCCCGCCCCCAAGCGUCAGAAUACUUCAUCGCAAUACUUCGCCCCGAUCAGCAAGGCCGAACUCUCCGCCACCUCCAGCAAGGCGAUUAAGAAGGCCGAGGCUUCGACUCGUGAAGCCGCUCCUAAGACCACCCUCGCCGAGCAUGACGCCAGCCGCGCCUUCGUCACCGCCGGCCUUGAUGAUCUCGCCGCCGCCAUCGAGCACAAGGUCCGCCUUCGCCUCUCCCUCACCGGCGUUCGGAAUACACAGGAUGCCGAGAUCGAGCUUCGCAACGCAGUUCACGGCGCCUGGGUCAGUAACAUGGCGCUUACACGCAUCAAGCGCGCCGACGGCAACUUGGCCGCCAUGCAGCUCCUUCGUGGCUACGCCAAUCUCGUCAUGAUGAAGCUGCAGAUGAAUGGCACUGGUCUCCUCAAGAACUGGAUCGACGCCACUGAAAAGGAGAUGCAGGACAGCGCUCCCUUCGUCCCCAACGAACUUCGCAUCCAGACCGUCGAGCCCGCCGCCCAGCAGGGUCUCACGUUCAAGAUCGGAGAGACCGACGUUUUCAUGGCCAACAUCCUGGCCGGAAUGAAGAACUCCUCUCGCUGA